GUGGGUAUUUAAGGCUCAGGAUGGGCUGAAAGCCACCCAGGAGAAGAUGCUGCCGCUGCUGAUUUCCGUCCUGUUGGUGGCCAGUGCCGCUGGGUGUGGGCAGCCAGCCUACCCUGCCCACAGCCGCGUGGUGAACGGCGAAGACACUGUGCCUUACAGCUGGCCCUGGCAGGUCUCCCUCCAGUACGAGAAAAAUGGCGCCUUCCAUCACACCUGCGGAGGGUCCCUCAUCGCCCCUGACUGGGUCAUGACAGCUGCCCACUGCAUCUCGUAA